CGCUUAUCAACUAGUCAACUAGAUGUCCCAUGAUAUUGACGAGUCUAGAUCAAAUCCUCCUGCAUCAUCCCAUCAACUGAUCAAUGUAACCUUUUCCCUGUCCUCAAUAAUACUAUAUAACUACCAUCAAACAUCCUACUUCACACCCCCUCCCCAAGUUACAACGGCUCACACCCAAAUCGCCCCAACCCCACAAAUCAUCAUCCCCACCAUGUCAACAAUCCCCCCAACCCAAACAGCAGCAGUCCUGCCCCCCACCGGCGCAACCCCCGACGCCCACCUCCAGAUCAAAACAGACCACCCCGUGCCCAUCCCCGCCGACGGAGAAAUUCUAGUCAAGAUCGAGUACACCGGCGUCUGCCACUCAGAUGUCCACAGUAUCCGGGGUGAAACGCCCAUGCUGACGGACGUGGCGGGCCAUGAGGGGGUCGGGAGGGUUGUUUCUGUUGGGGGUGGAAUCGAGGAGAAGGAAUGGAUGGGAACGAGGGUUGGGAUUCGAUGGCUGUAUAGUUCCUGUUUGAAAUGCGAGAUCUGCGCGGUGAAUAAUACCGCUUGUCCCCGUCAGAGGAAUGCGGGUGCGAAUGUUCCGGGGACUUUUCAACAAUAUAUCGUCAGUCCCGCCGUCCAUGUUACUCGGAUCCCGUCUCAGCUGGCCCCCGAUGAGGCAGCGCCGUUGUUGUGCGCGGGAAUCUCCAUGUACUCAUCGAUCAUGAAGACGAAGGCACGGCCUGGUGACUGGAUUGUCCUUCCCGGAGCCGGUGGAGGCUUGGGUCACAUGGGGGUUCAGAUAGCAGUCAAGAAAGGACUAAGGGUUAUUGCGAUUGACAGCGGCGACAAGAAAAAACAACUCUGUCUUUCCCUGGGCGCCACCGCUUUCUUCGACUACAGGGUUGACGAUAUCGAACAGGCAGUGAGCGAACUUACGGGCGGGCUGGGUGCCCAUGCUGUGAUUUGCACGGCGAAUGGGGAGACGGCGUAUACGCAGAGUAUGCGGCUGCUUCGGAGACUUGGGGUAUUGGUUUGUGUGGGUAUACCAAGUGUUCCGUUUCGGUUGCCGGCGACGCCGUUUGAUAUGAUUGUUAAAGGGUUGACGAUUGUUGGGAAUUCGGCGGGCACUGCUAAGGAGAUGGAUGAGUUGAUGGAGUUGGCUGUUGCUGGGGAUGUAAGGGCGCACAUUGAGUGUUUUGAGCUGGAUCAGAUCAAUGAUGUAGUGGCGAGGCUUGGUCGUUCGGAGAUUGAUGGGAGGGCUGUUGUUAGGAUUCCGGAGUGAGUAGCAGACAUAAAGCACAGCAUACUGGGGCGUAUGGACGUGGUUUUGAAGGUUGGUUUGAUGGUUGUUGUCACUGGAAAGUGGUUGCUUUAUUGACUUGUACGUGGUCAUAGAGGCGCGAACCGGGUUAUGUCGUGUCUGCAUGCUGAGGUGUGAAACAAAUGGCACAUCUAGCGAUGGUUGAAUAUAUAUGGUUGAAUAUAUACGGUAACCUUUCAUUCAUAUCAUAUGUUAGUAUUUCUCUCGUGUGCUAUAAUCGUCCGAACAGAAUAUACCAAAUCA